CGUUUGACAGUUGUAAAAUUCGAUACCAAAUAUGACGUGGAGUUGUAGGUUAUGAAUUUGUGUAUUUUUAAUUAAUAUUAAUUAAAUGAGAUAGUUUGUUAUACUAUUCUAGUUUUAAAGUUUUGUAAUAACUUAUUCUAUAAAAUGAUUGAGAUAUCAGACGUACAGAAGAUUGGAGUGGGUCUGGUUGGGUUCGGUAUGACGUUCCUGUUCCUUGGCAUACUCCUGCUGUUCGACAAAGGAUUGCUAGCCAUCGGAAAUAUACUCUUCAUAAGCGGUCUAGCGUGCAUCAUAGGGCUCCAGAGGACCUUCUUCUUCUUCUUCCAGCGGCACAAAGUGAAGGCAUCCGUGGCCUUCUUCAGCGGCAUAACGAUAGUGCUGUUAGGAUGGCCCAUGGUGGGAAUGAUUGCGGAGAUAUACGGAUUCCUUUUGUUAUUUAGAGGUUUCCUGCCAGCCGCUGUAAAUUUCCUAAGAAUGGUUCCAGUGUUAGGUUCACUACUGAACCUACCAAUUAUAAGUGGGAUCGUCAACAGGAUAGCAGGCGACACUGGCCGCAACAUGGAAGGAAAAUCAUUAUAGCACCUUAAAUAUUGUGAUCUACACGUGUGUGAGCGACUGUACAUUCCGAAUUUAAAUUUAUUGUACCUACUAUUAAAUAUACCUACCUGCA